AUGGGCGACGCCGCUGCGCCACCCACGUCCUCGACUUCGCAGCGACCGGUCCGCUCCGGCCUGCCCAGCGCCCACCCGACCGCGUCCUUCUGGCAGACGUCCUUCCCGAACCGCCUGGCUGGCCACCGCUCCACGCCGGAGCUGCCUGCCCGCGCGGACGUGGUCGUCGUCGGCACGGGGAUUAGCGGCACCUUUGCGGUCGACCACUUGUUGAACAGCAACAGCAACAGCAGCACGGUCACGUCCUCCUGGGCGCGCAGAAGGACAGAGGCAGAAACAGCUGCCAUGGAAACAGGCCUCGGUCUCGAUGUCCUGGUCCUCGAAGCCCGAACGCUCUGCUCGGCCGCCACGGGGAGGAACGGCGGACACUUGCAGCCCGUCAUCCACAAUGCGCCGGCGCACAUAAUCGAUUUCGAGCUGCGAAAUUUCCGCCACAUCGAGGCGUUGGUGCGGAAUAUAGACAAAGCCAGCGAUGCCGGCAGCAGCAAUAUCAACAGUUGCGAUUAUGACACUACGGCGACGUCCUCAUCAUCGUCGUCGCCUUCUUGGUGUGACUUUCGCAGGCUCGAGGGGUGUCUUGGGUUCUGGAACGAGGAGUAUUUCAGGGAAGCGAAGCGGGACCUCGCCGCUGCCGCGGCGAGUGUGGACAAGAAUAAGAGCGGUAUUCCCCUGGAGGACUACUCCGGAUUAGCCAGGGUGGUUGAGGAUGCCGAGGAGUUGGGGGCGCUGGGAUUGAGGGUGGAGAGCGGCGCAGUGGGCGCAAUCGUCCAGAGCGUGGCGGCUAGUUUGAGUCCUUACAAGCUCUGUGUGGGCGUGUGGAGGGGCUUGCUUGAGCGGUUCGAGCAAAAGGCUAUUCCAACGAGGACGACGACAGGCAGUCACGAGACGGAGAGAACAGUGCCAAAACAACGCAAGCCAAGUCUGAAUUUACAGACGAAUACACCUGUCACGGCGCUGGAGAGAUGUAACAACGACAACAACGACGAUGAUAGAGGCGGUUGUUGGAUACUGCAUACACCUCGCGGAUCUGUGCGAGCGCGCGCUGUCAUCCUCGCCACAAACGCAUACACCUCCCAUCUGCUCCCGGAGUUCGCACCCCUGAUCCGCCCUGUGCAGGCCCAGAUGUCUGCUCUCGUUCCCCCACCCUCGUCAGGGCAGGGCAACGGCGGCGGGGCCGGCGGUUGGGGUAGAAUGGCGACGAGCACGCGUAAAGCGAGGAAGUUGAUCCCGAUGAGUUACGGGUUCAUGGGCGUCGGCGACAUGGACAGGGUCAUGAGCGACUACCUCGUGCAGAAUCCGUACGCUGAACCCCACCACCAGCAUGGUUUCAAUCACCAAAACAAAGCCGAGCAUGGAGACACGGGAAAGGACGACGAACGCGUGUCCAGCGAGGGCGAGGGCGCAGGAGGCCACCUCAUGUUCGGCGGUGGCCGGCACCUCGCCCCCAACCACGGCGAGGGCGUGUGGGACGACGACUUUGUCGAUGACCGCGUCGAGAUGUAUCUGCGCGGCCUGCCGCAGAGACUGAACCUGAACUUGGACCCUGACCUGAACCUCGACCUUAACUCUGAACUUGACCCUAACCUUGCCCAACACUCCGAACCCGAACCCGAGAACGAAACACACCUCGCCAUCGCGGCCUCCUGGACAGGCAUCAUAGGCCACUCCUCGGACGGGCACCCGUGGGUGGGGGCCCUGCCAGACCGCGCGGACCUCGCGGGCGUGUUCGUCGUCGCCGGGUACACUGGCCACGGGAUGACGAACGCGCCAUUGUGCGGGCGCGGCGUCGCGAGGAUGGCGCAGAGGUAUUUCCACCAGGCAGACGUGGGUGGGAAGAUGGAUAGCGGUAUGGACGGGGAGGGCGACGUCGAUGUGCCGAAGGAGUACCUUAUAACUAGAGAGCGGAUGGAACGUGUCACCAGUGUCGUGUGA